AUGCUAAAGAUUGUGCUUUUAUAUCGAAGGAUAAAUGUUAUUAUAGCAGUGAUUCAGCCAGUAGCUAGUUUCACUUUAUAUAUUGGUCCUAAGCACACUGAUGCUUUGAAGAUGGUUGACUCACUGUGCCCUGUUGCUACCAAUAGGAAGAGACGUCAGGCACUUCUACUGAAUGAUUUAGAUAUUCAAAUGCCGAUAAUUGAGAUUACACCUCUGAAGAUUACAAAGAAGGCGAAUGUAUUACCUUCAGUUAUGAACUCGAAUAGUGUGUGCUAUAAUUCUUCCGCGACUGACUCUGAUUCAGCCGACAACUCUGUAUCUUCUUAUAAUGUUGAAAGUUCUGUUGAUUUGAGAACUCCUAACAACACCUUAGGUGUUUUACAUGAUGAUUCACCAAUAUAUUUCUACCAAGAAAUCUCCAAUAUGAUAGAUACUCACUACACUUCACCUGUUCCUAAUUUGUCACUUGUGGACUUUUUGGUGUACCCUGAAAGUUGUGAAGAGCACCUAUCUACUUCAAUAACUGAUGAUUAUUUAAUUGAUGGUCAGGUUAAUAAGAAGUUAGCACAAUGUACGUGUUGCAAUCGACUACAUAUGCAGCGUUUGGAAGAAGGUCGAUAUCGGCUUGGUACAAGAAUAUAUUACUUGCGCAGAUUUCGAAAUCAUGUGAUGACAUCAAUUGUAUCCACUUGUGUUCCUCCUAUUAAAUCAUGUUUUGAUGUUAUGAAACCAAUUCGUAGGAGUUCUGAUUUUGAUUCAUCAUCAGUUCCACAUGUCCAUUCUGUGAGUAAUUUGUUCAGACAGUCGUCAGAUGGUAGCAGUAACUGUAGUAUGGAAAGCCCUAGGAGUGAAUCCAGUACAGUUAGCACGGUUUUAGUUACUGGAGUUUCCAAUGGUGGAAACAUCAAUUCUCAGUCUUCAACUGCGCUGAAUACAUCUAAAAAUAAGCAAUCAAAAGUAAUUGUUACUCCUCGUCUAACUGUACCAAAAGCCCCUAACCUUCGAACCGCUUCACGGACUCGCGAUUCUCAUAGAAACCGUGAUGAUUCUAUUCCAAAAUUGCCCCAUACAACGGUUUCUUCAUGUUCUCUUGCUUCGCCAGCGACACACAUGAAUUCCACCCAUCGUACAAGAGAUUCAAGAGCAGUGUCGUGUUCGCGUAAUCCUUCAGCAAAGCAUCGUGAAGACUCAAAAUCGAAAGCGCCAAAUCUUAAACCAGUCUCACGAUCCGUGACUCCUCAACAAAACGUGAAGCAUCGAAACCGUUAA